GCUCCGUUACUAUACCAAUAUUCGGCCAAUCGUAGCAUCACACGAACGUAAACUUGCCACGUCCAGGUUUUCCCGUUUCGUGGCAGUCAUUAAACAUCGAAAACGGCGUUCGCGAGUCGAAGUCUCGUUCAGUAAUCGGCUGGUCGUGAAUAGCAGUAGCAGUAGGCUAAGGAAAUAAUACAAUAUGCGUGUAGCUACGUCGCUGGGUUUGGCCUUGUUUAUCGCCGGAUGUGUUCUGGUGGCAUCCGAGGUGGAAAUCAAAACUGAGGAUGAAGUGCUGGUGCUGACGAAGGAGAACUUCCAGACGGUGAUCGAAGAGAACGAGUUUGUUCUGGUAGAGUUCUAUGCACCAUGGUGCGGGCACUGUAAAGCUCUAGCCCCUGAGUACGCCAAGGCAGCUACGGCUCUGGCGGAAAAGAAAUCCAACAUAAAAUUGGGUAAGGUUGAUGCCACCGAAGAACAGGAAUUGGCCGAGAAGCACGGAGUCCGUGGUUACCCGACAUUGAAGUUCUUCCGUAGUGGAACUCCCAUUGAGUACAACGGAGGACGCGAGAAGGACACUAUCAUUUCGUGGUUGGAAAAGAAGACUGGCCCUUCAGCGAAGGAGCUGGAAACCGUCGCGGACGCUGAAGCAUUCCUGGAGGAGCUGAAUGUUGCCGUGGUUGGAUUCUUCAAAGAUCGCGAAUCAGAUGCUGCCAAGGCAUUCCUGACUACUGCCAACGCCAUUGAUGACUAUGCUUUUGCCAUUACUUCUAGUGAUGAGGUAUACGCUAAAUACGAAGCCACUUGCGGCUCAGUUAUUUUGUUCAAAAAGUUCGAUGAAGGAAAAGCUGUGUUCGAAGGAGAAAUUACUGAGGAUGCCCUUAAAAAAUUCAUUGCUGCACAGGCUCUGCCGCUGAUCGUCGACUUCAGUCACGAAACCGCACAAAAGAUCUUCGGUGGAGAGAUUAAAAACCAUCUGCUGUUCUUCGUGUCGAAGGAAGCUGGCCAUCUCGAAAAGUUGAUUGAACCAGCCAAGGAAGUAGCCAAGAAGUAUCGCGAAAAGAUCCUAUUCGUUACCAUUGAUGCUGAUCAGGAAGAUCAUCAGCGCAUUCUGGAAUUCUUCGGAAUGAAGAAGGAGGAAGUUCCAUCGAUGCGCAUCAUUCACCUGGAAGAGGAUAUGGCCAAGUACAAGCCAGAAAGCAACGACUUAUCUCCUGAAAAGGUUGAGGAAUUCGUUCAGAACUUCUUUGAAGGAAAAGUUAAACAGCAUUUGUUGUCGCAAGAACUACCAGAAGAUUGGGACAAGGCCCCGGUCAAGGUGUUGGUUUCCACCAAAUUCGAUGAGGUUGUCCUGGACACCAAUAAAGAUGUGCUAGUUGAAUUCUAUGCUCCAUGGUGCGGACACUGCAAGCAACUGGUUCCUAUCUACGACAAGCUCGGUGAGAAGUACGCUGAUUCGGAAACGAUUGUUAUUGCCAAAAUGGAUGCUACCGCUAACGAAUUAGAGCACACUAAGAUCAGCUCGUUCCCAACUAUCUAUCUGUACCGAAAGGGUGAUAACCAGAAGGUCGAAUUCCGGGGAGAACGCACCCUGGAAGGAUUCGUUGACUUCCUGGAGGGCAAACAAACUGGGGAGGUGAAUGAGGAAACCGAAGAGGAAGAGGAGAAACCUGCCAAGGACGAGCUGUAAAUCUGUAGAAAGAAUGUACGUAGUAUGACAAUUGCAAAUAUUAAAAUACGUUGAUAGGAACAUCUUCAAAAAAAUGUGAAACAAAAACGCAAUUCAAGCAGAACACAAACACAACACUACACUCUCAGAGACCUAGAGAAAGAACAAAAAUCGGAAUCACCACCAUCCGCUGACAUUGUUGUAAAAUAGUCACGAUCUAGCCCUUCCUUUUCCCUCUCCGAUAGGUUAAAGGUGAUAAAUAGUAGAAAUUUAAAUUUGCAAGAGACUGUUUUUAUUUAGUACUUUGUGCUGUCGGGAUAACCAAAAACCAGCUAGAGAUGCAUGCAAAAGGCAACGCCCUCCCCUUGUUGGGUCGAAAAACUUAAGACGCGUGGAUGGUUCUGAAAUGAAAUUAGGGUAAACAGAGAUGCAUUUUAAAUGUUAUAUUAACAUUAAAGAAUAAAACAAGUAAAAAAAAUGAGAGACAAGUAUACAUUUUGUUUUAAGGCUUCCAAAUGUCAGCAAGUGUAAUGGAUUGAAACAAUCUGCUUCGUAAACGUCACGUAUUUUGUUUUGGUUGAAACCUUCCUGUUGUUCAUAAUGUUCGCGUUGCGGAUAUUCAUUCAGAUUUACGAACGGUUCAGCACAAAUACAGCAACAUUGUGUAGCAGUAAAAUUAGUAUUCUGUUCUAAAAUCCAUCAGGUUUCGAUCUUUUGACUCCCUUCGAUAGAACCAGCGAGUUGGAAAAUGUACUCGAGUUGUAAAUUGGUUGAAUUUUCUUGUCAAGUUUGAUUUUGAAAUAAUAAAGUCGCAGGAAAAUUCAAA